UUAUAUCGUCAUCACUCUGCGACAACCCUGUUAAGACUACGGAAACUUAAUCAUAACAAACUCCCCAACAAAUAUUUGGUUACUCGUUACGUGUAGAAUGUGAAAUAUCGAUGUUGACACACAGUCCUACCAGUGGCCCCUGUGCUGAAUGAGGUGCAGCCUUCCCAUAUUGCUGUUGUGUGAGCAAGGUCGGGAAUGGGCCAGCAGAUCUCUGGCCAGGCGGCCAUGACCCGUCUACCGGAGAAGCUGUGGAAACAUGCAGGCCUGGUACGCGACAGCGGCUUCCUCAACUACGAGGAGUUCCUGGGCAGGGUAGCAGAGCUCAAUGAUGUGACGGCUAAACUGGCAGCUGGACAGCAGAAACACCUGAUCUUUGAAGUCCAGACUGGUUCAGAUGCCUCUGCUCUGUGGAAAGUGGCUGUGAGGAUAGUAUGUACCAAGAUCAACAAAGAUAAUGGGAUGGUGGAGGCUUCGCGCAUUAUGAACCUUUACCAGUUCAUCCAGCUGUACCGUGACAUAACCAGCCAGGCCGCCGAGGUGCUGGCAGCAGAGGGCGCCAGCCUACAACCUGGAACUCUCCCAUCAGGUGGCUCCUGUCAGGCCAGCAUGUGGAUGGGCAGGGUGAAGCAGUUGACUGAUGAAGAGGAGUGCUGUAUUUGCAUGGAUGGGAAGUCUGACCUCAUCCUGCCGUGUGCUCACAGCUUCUGUCAGAAAUGCAUUGACAAGUGGAGUGGGCAGAGCAGGAAUUGUCCGAUAUGCCGGUUGCAAGUGACUGCUGCCAAUGAGUCGUGGGUGAUGCCAGACGCGCCUACAGAGGACGAUGUGGCUGGAUACAUUCUCAACCUGGCUGAUGAAGCAGGCUGUCCACACAGACCUUAAAUAACUUAACACUGAGACACUUUGAUUAACCACAGACAAACUAACGUGGGGGAGUUAUAUACCUAGUGAAUGACCCAUUGGCACCCUUUUUUUGGGGAUAUGUAGGUAAGAAUACUUAUUUUAUAUAUAUUUUUUUUGCUGUGAUGUGUUCACUGUUAGCAAUAACCACUGGUUAUAUGGAAAUCAUAUUCUUAUCUUUUUUUUUUUGUACAUGAUUUUGCUCUUACAUUUGGAGAAUAUAUAUAAUGCAACCACACUGUUUGUUUGGCUUGGUUAUGCCUAUUCCUAAAAUUGCACUAUGAAUACUGGAUCCAAGCAGUUGUUUUGGUAUACCUUUUAUAGGUAUUGGCUUUUGACCCUUCCGUGAAUCACUGUAGUCAUAUGAAUACCAUUCCUUAGUUUUGAAAUCCUAUAACACACUCAAUGGGAAUCUUUUGUACAAUGAUCUCAUGGAUGCAUCAGCUAUGAUAGGUUUUUCUAUUUUUUAUUUCAUCAAUGAGAAGGUGAGUGAGGUAAUUUUUAUUCAUAAAUUUUUAGGCUUCAGUUUAAAUAUCAGUAAAAUGUCAGUAAAACCAAAAUUCGCAAUGAUUUAAUAAAAACAAUUGAACUACCACAGAUAAGCAACAAAGGCCAGUGCAUUUCUUUUAAAUAAUACUUUUGUGUAAGACUGAGUGAAUGUUAACGCUAUAUAUAAAAUAUAUAUAAACAAUACACAAGGUUAGUCGCAUUUGGUUUGGCCUAUUUUGUUUAUGUACUUAUGACUGGUUAGUUAAACAAUAAUUGAAUACAUUUGAUAGUUUUGCUCUAUAGGAAAUAUGUAAAAAUAAAAUCAUGACAAAUGUUGUAUUUGUGAUGUUGAACAAAUGCACUUAAAGACAUUUGUGGUUCACUGUGACUUUCAUAACAUUAGUAUUAUUGAGAGCAUGUUUGAGUGAGGCAAAAUGCACUACAACAUUCUAUUAAAGGUGUAGCAGGAAUCUACAGUUACAGGAUGGCAAAACUCAGCUUACGGUUAGGCAUUAGCUCAGUGUGCUACCAUUCUUCCGUUGCGUCGACGAGAGGCACAGAUUCGCAGAAUUAGGCAUUUGUUUGCAUUUCAAUGCAAUGUUACACGGUGCUCUGUAGGUGGUAGCAUCUACUCUUGUACUCUACUUGCCACUGGCGGAUGCAACCUGGUUUGAUCUGUAGGUUUAAAAUUCUUAAGAAUGUUUACUUCAGUGUGUUUUAGACAAGUGUGCAGGUUAAUUGAUAAACUGAACAUCUGAAUAGUCUUACCAUAAACCAAUACCAUAGGCUAAUAAAUACAUUUCUCUUUAUUAGCCUGUCUAUGGUUUCUUAUCUGUGGUUACAUGUCUUUCAUAUUCUGCAGUGUUGGCACCUUCUCUCAUGGUUGUCAUUCUACAAUGUUAACCAACUGUGUUUUAGGUGCUUGUUCCAAUAUGUCAAAGACUCCUACUGUAAGCACCCUUUGUCUUAUCAACAUAUUGGUUCACCCAUUGUAGCUGAACGUUACAGUUGACUGAAAUGUGUGCUGAAUGGAGACAAUAAACCACUAGAGUCAAAGUU